AUGGCGGCUGCGAAGGAGAUCCUGACACGACGACCAGUGGCGGCGAUGAUAAGGCUGACGGUUCCGGCUGGAGGAGCACGGCCAUCACCGCCGGUGGGUCCGGCUCUGGGUCAGUACAGGCUCAACCUGAUGGCCUUCUGCAAGGACUUCAACGCACGGACUCAAAAGUACAAACCGGACACUCCGAUGUCCGUCACGAUAACGGCGUUCAAGGACAACUCCUUCGAAUUCACCGUCAAAUCGCCGACUGUGUCGUGGUACAUCAAGAAAGCGGCCGGAGUCGACAAAGGCAGCACGCGUCCGGGGCAUUUGAACGUGACGACGCUCUCGGUGAGACACGUGUACGAGAUCGCCAAGGUGAAGCAGUCGGAUCCGUUUUGUCAGUACAUGCCGCUGGAAUCGAUCUGCAAAUCUAUCAUCGGUACUGCUAAUUCCAUGGGGAUCAAGAUCGUUAAGGAUUUGGAGUGA